AUGGAUAGGAUCGACGAGACAACGCCGGCGCCGGCGAGGAAGCCGAAGCAGCGCCGGAGUAGGUGGAGCCCCGACGAGCACAACCGCUUCCUCGACGCUCUCUCCAUGUUCGGUCGCGACUGGAAGAAGAUCGAGGCGCAUGUCGGCACCAGAACCACCAUACAGCUUCGCAGCCAUGCUCAGAAGUACUUUGAAAAGGCUCAGAAGAUGGGUGUUACUGGGCUGCCGCCACCGAGGCCGAAGCGCAAGCACAAGCAUGCCCCGCCGGUUCCGCAGCAGCAGCAGCCUGCACAGGGCUCGGCGGCGGCCGGACAGUCGCAAUGGGCGCCGCCGCCAGGAAUGCAGAGCUCCGGCUGUGGGAGCAUUCUAGGUAGGACUACUUCGGCUUGUCUGAAUAACCAUGGAGGCGUAGGAACUGAUCAGGUUCCAGCUGACGAACCAGCUGCUGCAACAUAUUCAGGCGACAAUUCGUUCAUGGGGACACCGAGCUUCUUCAGUGAAAUGAGCAUGGCCUUGGAGUGGGUUGGCAGUAGCACUGGCAGCACAAGUUUGGCAUCCACAGCAGUUGGGCCGCCGCCCUCGACCCUGCCGGAGGUCGAGACAAUGCUGCCUGUUGAUGAGGCAGCGAUGGAUCCUUGGGACAUCAUCAUGCAGGAGAUCAAGGAUAUCGGGUUGGAUAUAGACAUGGACAUGGACAUGAAGAUCUUCCCCUCUAUCAUUCCCGCAGGCGGAAGUGAAUGCGGCAGCCCUACGCCGCAUCAUGGCGUCCCUGGUGCCUGGUGUGACACAAACUUACCUUCACCAUAUGUGUGA